GUUGGGGAAUUCCCUUUGCGAAUUCUGGGCUCUUCACCUACACAUUUACACAUUUACACAUUUACUUGCGCACGACAUCAAACCCCUCCAUCUUCUUCCGAGCCCGUUUUGCAAGGCCCUUCGGUACCCUUGUGAUACGCAGGACUGUCACUCUUUAAUCGUUUAGAUCAGUUUCUCAUUCUUUUCUACCGCAUACAUAACUUCGAUAUAGAUCGCAAAAACUCCAAUGUGGUCAUUUGGAACUACUAUGACAAUGGCGAAAGAUAGCGAUCCUUCGCCAGCUCCUGCCACACAGGCUCAACAACCUACUAAACCUGUUCAGCCUUCACAGCCCCUCCAGCCCCUCCAGCCCCUCCAGAAUACGAUGCCAUAUCCCCGGCCUCGACCGCCGAUACUAUCGCAACGCUCGCUCAAGCAACUAGGCCUCUUCUUCGCCGGCGCGGGCUUUCUUUCGCUCUCGACUCUAAUAACAAGACGGGCGGUAGUUAGAAAACAAUUGGCGACGAUUCCCAAAUUUUAUCACCAGAGUCAUCAACAAGUUAACAAGGUACAAUCCGAUGGCUCGUUAAUAGCUCUCGAGGCUCUAAACCUCGCCACGCUCAAUGUCAUAGGAUUCGGUAUUAUGAUGACAGGUGGCCUAUCGUGGGCCUUUGACAUCUCGAGCGUCGAUGAUUUAAGGAGUAUGACAAGGGGACAUGUUGGACCCUCGGGCGGCCGAACUGACGAAGAGGCUGAACGAGAAAUCGAAGAAUGGGUAGCGAAGGUCCUGGGGAGGAAAGAAGAAAGAGAAAAUACCAAACAACCGCUAGAAAAGGGCGACUAACCGUGCUAAGUAAUUAAAGCCGGUGGAGGAAAGGUCUUGGUACGCAACCCAUACUUGGGGCUCAACACCAAGAACCAAGAACCAAGAACCAAGAACCAAUCUUAUAUAUCUCCGCUCCUCCCGCACGUCGAGACUCGAUAAGUUUGCCAUUGGCAACUUGCUGAUUGGUGAUAUGCAUCAAAUAUUCACGUACUGAAGCGGGAUCCUACUCCAAGCAAGCCACACACGUUAGUUUAUCUUCGAUACCAGCAAUUUUGCCCAGCGGAACGCACUGUGUCUGGAGUCAGGUAGGUAUUUGUUCAGCUAUAAGUGGCGCUCGCCGAUCGAUCUGUUCUCUGUCUAACAUUUGGCUUCUAAUUGUACCCUCUCGUAUCUGGACAACAUCCUACACAGCCUUCAACUAUGAAUAU